UUACCUCUCUGCUCCAAUCGCAUCUCCUACAUUUUCUGCGAACCCCCAAUGAAGCCGUCGAACGACAGCGGCUAGCUUCAGCCGAUCUCGCAGUCCCAUGGAGGGCAAACUUCAUCCGUAAACGGCAUAUCGGCUGCAGCACCUGCCUGCCUCGGUUACGCUCCUUCCAAUUAUCACCGCUAUGCCUUGUGGGUUUAUUCCCGCUAGAUUAAUCAUCGCCACCAUGGAGGUGGAAAGGGCGCGCGCGACUAGCCCAUCUCGAGCUCCAAGGCGCGACAUUGGAGGUUGUGGAUGAGUUUCUACACGCAUCACCACUAGCUGGCUCGAGGCGCACUCGUUGCAAUUAUUCAUAUACUGUGUUUAGGCUACUAUAAACAAACAGCGGGAGCUUAUUCGUGGGUACGCAUUCGCUAUUGGUUGAGCGUGGGAUUCUCAUCGGCGCCGACGUCAGCACCAUGUCGCACAGUAACUUUGCCAAAGACACGGCCGUGGGAACGACAUCAGGCACGCAUACACGGAACACACCACCAUCAGUCAGGUCGUACACUUCAGACAAGUCCCGUGUAAUCGAAGACGUCGAAAUCGAAGACGACCGCGCCUCCAUCUCCUCAGCGUCGACGCAUUCCGACUCGAUCAACUCGGUAGUAGAUCAACGUCCGUCGAUACAUCAUACAUGGAGUAGGAAUACAGGGCACUCAUGGCCUGGCGAUAAGGAGGAUGCGAUCACAACUGUCACAACGAACGCGACGCAAGACCCGCGCUUCGAAAUCGACUACGAGGAUGGAGAAGACCCGGAGGAGUGGCCCAUGUUGAGGAAGGCUGUUGUCAUCUUCUUCAUGAGCUUCUCGACACUGGUCGUAGUUAUGUACUCGACAAGUUACACAAGUGGUAUACCGGGCAUGAUGGCGACCUUCGGCAUUCGGUCGAAGACGCUGGUGAUCUUGGGGAUAACAACCUACUUGUGUGGUCUGGCGAUUGGAUCACUGCUACUGGCACCGCUUAGUGAGAUGUACGGCAGGAGACCUGUCUACCUAAUCGCUGUCGCCGCUUUUACGAUCCUGGUCAUACCAUGCGCUCUGUCCAACAACCUAGCACAGAUUCUCGUCAUGCGCUUCUUUGGUGCCAUCGCGGGUGCGGCUAUGAUUUCCAAUGCCCCAGGCACAGUCUCCGAUAUAUCCAAAGAAGACUAUCGCGCACUGGCCUUCUCGAUAUGGUCUUUAGGGCCAAUGAACGGUCCGGUCUUUGGUCCCCUUGUCGGCGGCUUCGUCUUCCAAGCCCUAGGCUGGCGGUGGACGAACUGGGUUGUCAUGAUCGGCUCUGGCGCAUCCUGGUUCAUGGUGUUCCUGAUCCCUGAGACAUACAAACCAGCGAUUCUCCGCGCCAAGUCAGCAAAGAAGCGCAAAGAAACGUCCGACCCCCGAUACUACUCUCGUUACGAUGAGAAGAAGGCUUUCUGGCCUUUACUACGGGAGAACCUCUAUCGGCCGCUUAGUAUGGCGGUCAACGAACCGAUCUGCAUCUUCUGGGACGUAUACAUAGCACUGGUCUACGGAGUCUUGUAUCUGUGCUUCGUGUCGUACCCCAUCGUCUUUGGUGAGCUGCGAGGUUGGUCGCCUGGACUUGUUGGGUUGGGUUAUAUGGGUAUUGGCAUUGGCGGUGUCAUCACGAUAGCAUCGGAACCUCUGCUUCGUCGUAUGAUCAACAGUCAUAAGAAAGACCCAGAGACUGGCAAGCCAUACCCAGAGGCUAUGGUCAGUGUGGUCGUCAUCGCUGCGGUAUGCGUUCCUGUCGGCGAGAUGAUCUUCGCUUGGACAUGCACCCCCAACGUUCACUGGAUCUUCCCCCUCAUCGCCGGCAUACCCUUCGGCGCGGGAAACUGCGGCGUCUUCAUCUACGCAUCAAACUACCUCGUUCACUCCUACGGCAUCUACGCCGCGUCCGCUCUCGCUGGAAACGCCGUCUUGCGAUCCGCCAUGGGCGGUGCUCUGCCCCUCGCAGGUCCAAAGAUGUAUCAGAGUCUUGGUCCACACUGGAGUGCGACAAUGCUGUCGCUGAUUGAGUUUGCGCUCAUACCUAUCCCGGUAGUCUUCUACCUCUACGGACACAAGAUCAGGGAGAAGAGCGCGUUGAUUAGGCAGAUGAGGGAGGACAGGGAAAGAGUGGACGCGAAAAAGAGGAAAGCUGCUGAGAGAGCGGAAAGGGCAAAGGGUGGGAUGAUCGAUGAGAAGAAGUUAGACGUCUGAUGGACUUAGAUGUAUAGGAACUACGCACGCACCGAAUCAGACUAC